CAGGGGUGAGGCUUUUGUUUAAAAACUUGGAGCCAGAAGAGGAGACCCCCACAUUCCAGGGGAGCUCCUAGAGAGGGGAUCUGGAGAAAGAAUAGCACCAGCACACAGUGAGGUGAGGCCCAUUCUGGGGAUCACCCCACUGGCUGAAGAUGAGGCCACUCUUUCUCCUAUUUUUCGCCUUGCCCAGCCUCCUGUGUGCCCAGCAAGCCUGUUCCCGAGGGGCCUGCUAUCCUCCUGUUGGGGACCUACUUGUUGGGAGGACCCAGUUUCUCCGAGCUUCAUCCACGUGUGGACUGACUAAGCCUGAGACCUACUGCACCCAGUAUGGCAAGUGGCAGAUGAAAUGCUGCAAGUGUGACUCCAGGAUGCCUCACAAUUUCAACAGCCACCGAGUGGAGAAUGUAGCUUCAUCUUCAGGUCCCACGCGCUGGUGGCAGUCACAGAAUGAUAAGAACCCCGUCUCUCUGCAGCUGGACCUGGACAGGAAGUUUCAGCUUCAGGACAUCAUAAUGGAUUUUAAGGGGCCCCAGCCCGCUGGGAUGCUGAUCGAACGGUCCUCAGACUUUGGCAAGACCUGGAAGGUGUACCAGUACCUGGCUGCUGACUGCGCUUCCACCUUCCCCCGGGUGCGCCAGGGCCAGCCUCAGAGUUGGCAGGAAGCUCGGUGCCAGACCUUCCCCCAGAGGCCUAGUGGGCACCUGAAUGGAGGGAAGGUCCAACUUAAUGUCAUGGAUUUAGCUUCUGGAAUUCCAGCAACUCAGGCUCAAAAGAUUCAAGAGCUAGGGGAGAUCACAAACUUGAGAGUCAACUUCACCAAGCUGGCCCCUGUGCCUCAGAGGGGCUACCACCCACCCAGUGCCUACUACGCAGUGUCACAGCUGCGUCUGCAGGGGAGCUGCUUCUGUCAUGGCCAUGCUGAUCGCUGUGCCCCCGCACCAGGAGCCCCUGCAGGACCCUCCACUGCUGUGCAGGUCCACGAUAUUUGCGUCUGCCAGCACAACACUGCUGGACCCAAUUGUGACCACUGUGCACCCUUCUACAACAACUGGCCCUGGAGACCUGCAGAUGAUCAGGACCCCCAUGAAUGCCAAAGGUGUAACUGCAAUGGACACUCAGAGACAUGCCACUUCGAUCCAGCCGUGUUUGCUGCCAGCCAGGGGACACACGGUGGCGUGUGUGACAACUGCCGGGAUCACACUGAGGGCAAGAACUGUGAGCGGUGUCAGCUGCACUAUUUCCGAAACCGGCGACCUGGUGUUCCCAUUCAGGAGACCUGUAUCCCCUGUGAGUGUGACCCGGAUGGGGCGGUGCCAGGGGCUCCCUGUGACCCAGUAAGCGGGCAGUGUGUGUGCAAGGAGAAUGUGCAGGGAGAGCGCUGUGACUUCUGCAAGCCGGGCUUCACUGGACUCACCUACACCAACCCACAGGGCUGCCACCGCUGUGACUGUAACAUCUUGGGGUCCCGGAGAGACAUGCCGUGUGAUGAAGAGAGUGGGCGCUGCUUGUGUCUGCCCAAUGUGGCAGGCUCCAAGUGUGAGCAGUGCGCUCCCUACCAUUGGAAACUGGCCAGCGGCCGAGGCUGCGAGCCUUGCGCCUGUGACCCGAACAACUCCCUCAGCCCCCAGUGCAACCAGUUCACGGGGCAGUGCCCGUGUAGGGAUGGAUUUGGAGGCCUGACAUGCAGCUCUGCAGCCAUUCGCCAGUGUCCGGACCAGACCUAUGGAGACGGGGCCACCGGAUGCCGAGCCUGUGACUGUGACUUCCGGGGAACUGAAGGCCCAGGCUGUGACAAGGCCUCAGGCCGCUGCCUCUGCCGUGCUGGCUUGACCGGGCCCCGCUGUGACCAGUGCCAGCGAGGCUACUGUGAUCGCUACCCAGUGUGCGUGGCGUGCCAUCGUUGCUUCCAAACCUAUGAUGCGGACAUCCGGGAGAAGGCCCUGCGCCUCAGUGGCCUCCACAACACCACGGCCAGCCUGAAGCCUGGGCUGGGUCUGGGGGACCAUGGCCUGGCCUCCCGCUUCUUGAAUGCGAAGAACAAGAUUGAUCAGAUCCAAGCCAUUCUCAACCGUGCCUCCACCACAGAGCAGGAGGUGGCCCAGGUGGCCAAUGCCAUCUUCUCCAUCAGGCGGACUCUGCAGGACCUACAGCUGGAUCUGCCCCUAGAGGAGGAGAUGCUGUCGCUCCCAGGGGACCUGGAGAGCCUGGACCAAAGUUUCAAUCAGCUCCUCAUUGUGUACCAGAACAAGAGGGAGCAGUUUGAAAAAAUAAGCAGUGCUGAUCCUUCCGGAGCCUUCCGGAUGCUGACUGCAGCCUAUGAACGGUCAUCCCAGGCAGCCCAGCAGGUCUCCGACAGCUCCCGCCUGCUGCUUCAGCUCAGAGACAGCCGGAGAGAAGCUGAACGGCUGGAGAGGCAGGUGGCAGGAGGAGGAGGUGCCAGUGGCCCCCAGCUCACAGCCCUGAGGCUGGAGAUGGCUUCCUUCCCUGACCUGACACCCACCAUCAACAAGCUUUGUGGGGGCUCCAGGCAGGUAGCCUGCACCCCCACAACAUGCCCCGGUGAGCUGUGCCCUCGAGACAAUGGUACAGACUGUGGGGCCCACUGCAGAGGUGCCCUGCACAGGGCGGGUGGGGCCUUCCGGACGGCUGGGCAAGUGGCUGAGAAGAUUCGGGGCUUCAAUGCUCAACUCCAGCAGACCCGGCAGAUGAUCAGGGAUGCUGAGGAAGCCGCCUUGCAGAUCCAAACAGAUGCUCAACGCCUGGAGACCCAGGUGAGCACCAGUCGCUCCCAGAUGGAAGAAGAUGUCCGACGCACCCGGCUCCUCAUCCAGCAGGUCCGGGACUUCCUCACAGACCCUGAUACUGACGCAGCCACCAUCCAGGAGGUUAGCGAGGCGGUGCUGGCCCUGUGGCUGCCCACGGACUCUGCUACAGUCCUGCGGAAGAUGAACGAGAUCCAGGCAAUUGCAGCCAGGCUCCCCAAUGUGGACCUGGUGCUGUCUCAGACCAAGCAGGACAUUGCACGAGCCCGCAGGCUGCAGACUGAGGCUGAGCAGGCCAGGAUCCGUGCCCACACUGUGGAAGGCCAGGUGGAGGACGUGGUGGGGAACCUGCGGCAGGGCACCGUGGCACUGCAGGAAGCUCAGGACACAAUGCAGGGGACCAGUCGCUCCCUCCGGCUGAUCCAGGAGAGGGUUGCUGAGGUCCAGCAGGUACUGGGACCAACGGAAAGGCUGGUGACAGGCAUGAUGAAACAGCUGAGUGGCUUCCAGACACGGCUGGAGGAGCUCCGUCGCCUGGCUGGGCAGCAGCAGGACCAGGUGGCCCAGGCCCAGCAGCUCGCCGAGGGUGCCAGCAAGCAGGCACUGAGUGCCCAGGAGGGAUUUGAGAGAGUAAAGCAAAAGUAUGCAGAGCUGAAGGACCGGUUGGGCCAGAGCCCCAUGCUGGGGGAGCAGGGCAGUCGGAUACUGAGCGUCAAGACGGAGGCUGAGGAGCUGUUUGAGGAGACCAUGGAGAUGAUGGACAGGAUGAAAGACAUGGAGUCGGAGCUGCUUCGGGGGAGCCAGACCAUCAUCCUUCGCUCUGCGGACCUGACUGGGUUGGAGAAGCAUGUGGAGCAGAUCCGAGAUCACAUCAAUGGGCGUGUGCUCUAUUACGCCACCUGCAAAUGA